AUCAUAAAUACAUUGUACUGUUUUCUUUAUCUUAGGUGACAGGUUUAUUACUGUGUAAACAUUCUAGAUGCAGCUUAAUAUAUUAGAUCCCUGAGUAUGCAGAGGUUGGAUUUCUUCUAGCCUUAACCUGCUGGAAGCAGUAGGGCCCCUAAGUCCUUAAAGGAGCUGUCCCCGCAUGCAUGUACUUCUAGGUCUUUUUUUUUUUUUUUUUUUGAGAUAGAGUCUCCCUCUGUCUCCAGGCUGGAGUGCAGUGGCACAAUCUCGGCUCACUGCAACCUCUGCCUCCUGGAUUCAAGCGAUUCUCCUACCUCAGCCUCCCGAGUAGCAGGGACUACUGGCUACUCGCCAUCAUGCCCAGCUAAUGUUUUUGUAUUUUUAGUAGAAAUGGGGUUUCACCAUGUUGGCCAGGAUAGUCUCGAUUCCUUGACCUUGUGGUCUGCCUGCCUCAACCUCCCAAAGUGCUGUGAUUAUAGGCGUGAGCCACUGCACCUAGCAUACUUCUAGUUCUUUAGUUGGAUUUGGAGGCAAGUCUAAGAUGAAAAACUUAAGGGAAAGAAAAAGAACUAUUGUUCUUUCAGAGCCAGGGCCAUCCAGUCUCGGCAGCAUGCUCAUGCCUGUCCCGGAGGCUGCCUGGGAAGAGCUCAUUUGCACUGGCCAGAUGACACCUUUGUCAAGAGGCAUGCAGAGGGCUGAGUGUGAGCUGUGUCUCCUUCAUAUCAGCCUUCACUCUGGAAUAAGUGUCAGGAAAAAGAAAAGGGUGAAUUAUGUCAUGCAUACUGGAUAGGGGUUUCUGUUUUCCCUUUUGAAGCAGGAAAGUAACUUUGGAGAACCCUUUUCCAAAAAAGAGCUGAAACUUAAGCUUUGACAUAAAAAGAAUAAGCUUACUUUUGUAAAUCCUUCCUUUGCCUUGAGGAAAUAGUCAUCUGCAUAAUUAUAAAUGGCCAUCAUGUGAAAACUGUAUUUCGUAUGCACAGCAUACCUUUCUUUUCAUUGUUGUUUUUCUAUGCUAUAGGCUGACUUUGGCUUUUAGCUCCAUGACUUUGUCAGUGUAAGUAACAUAAAAGGGAAGGUGAACAUGUGAAACAUGAAGUCUGAAUUGCAUAUUGCCACGCAUUUUCUAUGAGCCAGGAAAACUAAUCUGUGCGUCGCAGGCCUCCCCACGGUGGCCCACUGAGCACGGUAUACUGCCAUGCAUUUCAAGUCUGCAUUAGCUCACUUAGCUCUAAGGAAGUCAAAGGGAAAAAGGAACCGUAUUACUUUUAAAAUACUUGACAGUGGGAUGACUUUUUCCCAAUCCUCAACAGUUUUCUCAAGGUGAGGAGACCUAGUUUGUUGUAUUUAUUGGCCUUCAUGAGUGAAGGUUGACCUGGUGGUUUUCUUGUUACUUAGAACUGCUUGUUACCCCUGUCCAGACACUACACACAUUCCAUAACCUUUCCAAAAUAGAUGCAUCAGAGUUCUUUUAAAGAAUAAUCCGAGGACCUGUGACUUAAAUCCUGUUUAGAGCCGUGACAUUCAUGUUCUUGCAGCACCUUAUGUAGUAAUGCACAGUAGAGGAGUGGCUUGUAUUUCAUUCCUCAGUGCAGCUUUCGUUUCUGUAUGUGUUUGUUACCUGUAAAGAUGUUGGAGGGAUUUUGCCUAGUACUCUUGAACAGUGAACAGUGUCCGACUUUUUCUUAAGUACUGCAAAGAAUUAAUAAAACUGUAAAUCUCAACAUAUUGAUUAUAAAUGGAGCAAUAUAUAUUCUUCCAGUUAAAUUGGGUCAAUAUUAAAUAUGUUUUAAAUAUAUUAUAUUUUGAUCAAGAGCAAUUUAUUUUGAUUGAAUUUUAAAUGUGGGUUUGGUUUAAUUUCAUGGCAAUAAGUUUUUCUUAAUAAUGUUAAGAUUGUAAAACAAUUUAUUAUUUCCAGGGCCAUAUUAUAAGCCAAUAUUUUGUUAAAGCUACAGAAAAAUCUCAAAUGAAUUUUAGAAAUAUCAAUAACUCUUAAUUGCCACCAAAAUACGAUAGCUCUUAACAUUUUAUAGCUACAGUUAUUAAGGUUGUCAAACCGCAGAUAUCCACAUUGAAAUAUUUGUAUUACAUCUCCUUUGGUGCUAUUUGGAUUGGGGGAUGUUGAAAGAAAGUAAAAUGCUUAGGAUUGAGAAGGAGCAUAUUAGAACUGCCAUCUCUCCGUAUUUUGUUACUCAUUGCUGAUAUUCGUAGACUGAUUGAAAUGGUAAUACUAUUCCCUUGAGAGACAAAAAGACCUUUAGGGUUGCUUGUCUUAGCAGUGGUUUGAGAUGGAUGAUUAGAAUAAAGUCAUGUAGUUUACAACAUAGAAAAUGUGUUUUCUUUUAGUGAUUAGAAUUUAGGAAUACUUCCCAGGGUAGGUACUGAAUUUACUUGAAACUUAAAAAAGGUUUUGCUGAACUUAACACCUUUUACUGAGGUUAUAGCCUAUUAAUUAUAAUGCUCUUUUCAACUCUGGGAAGUGAGAGUGGGUGACUUCUGGAUGUCUCAUCCUCUUUAUUCUCUCAGCUUGAGAGCCACUGGCCUUUCACUGGUACUAGGUUUACACUAACCAGGUACCUUUGUUUUAGCUGAUACUUACUAGGAAUUUCCAGCCAGGCCCUUUCCAUAGCUUCUUUCAGGAACUGGACAGUCACACUUUGGAUCCUGCUUUCUUUGAUUUGGCUCAAGCCCUCAGGUCAGUCUUUGAAUUUUUAACCAUUUUUCAAACUGUAUAUUCCCACUUCCCACAUGUUUCUGCUGCCUUCUCUGCACUGAACUGUAUCUGGAGGCUGGCUCCUCAGUGGAUUCCCUGGUUUUCAUACCCUUUCACAUCAUACGGGAUGAAUGAGCCACUGCUUAGAAGUAAAUGUUCUGUCGGUUCUUAUUCAUGUCAGUAGUAUACAGGUCUUAUAAAAUAUCCAUUAUUUUUUCAUUUAAAUUUUGUGCUAACAUGGUUUCCAUUUGGUUAUGGCUUUUGGUUGUGAGGUCUAGUGCUUUCUUAAAAUAUACUACCACUUUGCACAUUAUGGGCCUGGGAGCUCCAGGUACCAAAUAAAGAUUUAAUAGAACUAACACACUUGCAGUGUUUGAUAUGUGUUCCUGGUGAGCACCUACAUGCUACUUGCCCAGGCUAGGCUGUGCAGCCAAGCAGCCCUGCAUGGCUCAGGAGACCAUACAUUGUUUAUGUACUUUUCCCCUUCAGGGUGACAAAGAUCAGGGUGCUUGUCUCCAGUCCUUGUUACCUCUGUGUUGUUGAUUCACCUCCCUGUUGACAUACAUGAGAUCAGCCCCCAUUGCUUUAUCUUUGCUUCCAUGUCGAGAAUGCAUAUCUGCAUUCUUGGACUGGCUUCAAGGGUUUCUGGCAAAAAUGUGCAGUCUGUUAGUGGACAUGGGCACAAAUAGGACCUAACUAAGUGUGAAGGGAAUAAGAAUUCAGACUGAGGUAUUUGGAAGAGACUGUGGAGGAAGUUCAUCCACUACAGGGCCUUGUCUUGUUGGGUAGCUCAGAUAUAUUAAUAUGGCCCUUAUGAUGCAAAUUAACAACGUUAUGUAUUUGCCUCUAAGCUCUAGGUGCAUCACUGAGAAGGGAAGGAAUUUGCUUUGCUUUGGAGGCACAUUAUUUCCUCAGGGGUCUCAUUUGGAUUGCCUUGGAGAUUGAUGUGAUGUCACAAUGUACAGAGAGGCUGAGAACAGGGAGGGCAGGUGCGCUUCACUCUCCAGCCAGUUCUGAUCUCUGGGGAGUGGUAGUCUAUUCAGGGGGCUCCUAGGUUCUGUUUGGGUGGGCUGGGAAAGAGUGCUGUAAUUCCUUAGUGAUAUCUGUAGUAGGCACGGUGGGGAACUAGCAACAUUCAUGCUGGGUAUUUGCCAAUCGACAUAGUGAAACAAAUGUCGGUGACUCUUGCCUCUUUGUCUGGUAAUGUUCAGUACUGCUUGGUCAGGCUGUGGAGCAUAGAUGGUUUGCAUCCUGAGUAAGAAGAUGCACUCCCAGAGACUUUUUAUCUCUUCUUGCUGGCAGAACUAGGGUUGGUAUUUAUCAUUUGACUUAAACUCAUUCCCCAAGCUCGUACUCUGUUUUCAUCUGCCGGCAAUUAUUGUUUAAGUUGCUGCCCUCACAGACUGUACUUCCUUGGCAAUGAGCACAGACUAGAGCAAAGCUUCCCCACCAACAGACUGAUUAUGUGGCAUCACAGGGAGCCCCCAGUGGUGGAGAUGCUGACUGAGGAAGUCUAGUGUGGGAUCACCAGGCAGGACUUUCUAAAAAUGUUUCCAAGUGGCUCUGAUGCAUUGUCAGAUUUGGGAGCUAGGGAUUGAAAUAAGUCCAUCCUACAUACUUCUUUUCGGGGCUGCAUCUUUUGGCUGAUGCAGUUUGUAUAUCACUUCCUCAAACAUCCUCUUUUAUGUGCCCUACAUAGUUGUAUGUACACAGGGGAGGGCCUGGCAGGGAGCCUUAGUUAAAUGCCAUGUGUCAUAGAGCAUCUGGUUCUUGUAGGGUAUGUGCAUCAGUCACCUGGGGAGCACUUUCAGAAGGCAGGGGCCUGGGCUCAGCCUGGGGAGUCCGAGGCAGCAGGUGCAGGGCCGCAAGAGCUGGGUGCUGCACUUGUGUUUUGGCUGAGCUCUUGCUGACUCCGAGGGGAUGUUGGUGACGUUCUUCAUAGUCACAGGUCCUUGUUCAGUACGAACUAUGUUCUCAUUUAGGAGAGCUUUGAGGCUGUUGGAAAGCAUUGUUGGUAAGGAUGUUGAGGUUUGAGAAUGUAAUGCUUUUUUCUCUACUUCAGCCCACAGUUAGCAAAUAAUUGCCUUUGGGAUAAAUCCCCAACCUGUGCCCACCCCCAUCAGGGAAACACAGUGGGGAGUUAAAAAAUGGACUCUUCAGUUCUUAGUGCGUGAGUCUCUUCAGAUGACCUGGUGCAUUGGGCUAAGCUGCUGAGUGCACAGCCUGAGGUGGAUUUGAGUUGGUUCCUCUGAAUGGUUUGAAGCCUCCCUCCCCACUUUUCAACACUUCUGAUGAGUCCCUAUUUUUUAUUGUAAAAAUAUGAUAAGAAGAAAAAAUAACUUCUGUAUUUUGUUUUUAUUUUCUACAUGUCACUCCAGUCUUUGGUUCUGUGCAUACAUGUCUUUAUGUAGUUAUAAUCAUGGUCCCUCCAGUUAAUUGGCUUGCCCACAGUCUUACCCUAUGAAGUAGAGCUGAGGUUUGAAGUUGACUGGGCCCUGUAUAUUUAUUUUCUUUCUUCCCUUUGUGGGAUUGGGCAAAAGGUGCACUAUUAUAGGUAUGACCACAGGGUGGUGCCAAUAAUCAACACAUAGCUGCUCCCACCUUCAUUGGACUGGAAACCAAACCAAAAACCUAAGCCUGUGAAAUGGGAAUUGGAUGAGGAUUCAGGGAGAUGGCUCAGGAGUCUGGAAGGUCUGACAAAUAUGGGGUGGAUGGGGAUAGAAUUUACCUCAUGGUAUGGUGUAACCUGAAUCUGUAGUCUUGAUGCCUGUUGAUAUAGCUGGGUUUUAAUACAUUUUUGAUCCUAAUGAUUUUUCUUAUGCCCUAUUUUUUACCUUUCUCACAUGAAUAACUUUAAGUUGUAAAGGGCUGAUAAAGAUUCCAUUCAUUGUGUAAGUCUUACGGAAUGUCUUCUAAUAGUCUGAGAUGUAAUCUCCUGUGAAGAUAAUACUCUUGAUUGUCCUCCUGCUGAACACUGGGCCGCUGCGGCCAGGGACCCGUUGGAUCCUGGCUUUGGAGGGUUGGCUUGGGCACAUGCACUGUUCUGAGGAGGGGGCUGUCAGCAUUUCAGAUGCUGAGGAGUCAAGCUAAGUAGGAUGACUGUUGUGAAGAGAGUCUUGUGGAUUUGGAACGUUGAGACCUAGAGGGCCUGAGCAAGUCACCCAGGAGAUAGGACUUUGAGCCCAGAGAGAUGAAGUCAUUUGCUCAAGACAGCAGUCAGUGGAAGGGCUUGGAGAAGGCGAAGGGGUCUGAAGGUGGUUUGGGACACAUGAGGCUGAUCUAGCAGCUUGGUUUGCUGCAGCAGACUCGGACGAACAUUGCUUCAGUGCCUGGUUUGUGCCUCCACUUGAUGGGGGCCAUUUCCACCACACUGUCCCAUUCCUAGCCUGAAAUGCUUCUAAAGGCAAUGCCUUGAGAACCACCACUGUCCCAGCCUGUCUCCAUUUUAUUGUCUUCUGGGGACCUCUUCCUCUUCCUUUUGCCUAGCGCCUGUUUACACUGGGAUUGUCCUGUCUGUCCUUCACUUGGAUCCUGGUUUGCACUGGAUGAGGAUUCAGCAAUUUUAGGUCGUGCUUCAGCAAAGGCCAAUUCACAUUAUUCCCAAGAUGCCUCGAACUCUAAGUUUACAUGAAAUAACUGACCUUUUAGAGACAGAUGACAGCAUAGAAGCAAGUGCUAUAGUGAUACAACCACCUGAAAAUGCUACAGCACCUGUUUCUGAUGAGGACUCAGGAGAUGAAGAAGGUGGAACAAUAAAUAAUCUGCCAGGUUCUUUGUUGUGUACCACUGCGUAUCUUAUUGAAGAUGGCUCUGAUGCUGAGUCUGACUCAGAUGAUCCCUCAUACACACCUAAAGAUGACUCUCCUGAUGAAGUUCCGUCUACAUCUACUGUGCAGCAACGUCCACCAUCAAGGAGGAGGAAAAUGACAAAAAUUGUUUGCAAAUGGAAAAAAGCUGAUUUAACUGUACAGCCUGUAGCAGGUAGAGUUACAGCACCACCAAACGAUUUCUUCACCAAAAUGAGAACUCCCACAGAAAUUCUUGAACUUUUUCUUGAUGAUGAGAUCAUCGAACUCGUUGUCAAGUAUUCCAACUUAUACGCUCUCAGUAAAGGUGUACAUCUUGGCUUGACUAGCUCCGAAUUCAAAUGUUUUCUGGGAAUUAUUUUUCUGAGUGGUUAUGUCUCAGUUCCUAGAAGGCGUAUGUUUUGGGAACAAAGAACAGAUGUGCAUAAUAUACUGGUUAGUGCUGCCAUGAGACGUGACCGCUUUGAAACUAUAUUUUCUAAUUUGCAUGUUGCUGAUAAUGCAAAUUUGGAUCCAGGGGACAAGUUUUCCAAGUUGCGACCUCUCAUAAGCAAACUCAAUGAGAGAUGUAUGAAGUUUGUUCCAAAUGAAACAUAUUUCAGCUUUGAUGAAUUCAUGGUUCCUUAUUUUGGUCGUCAUGGGUGCAAAUACUUUAUUCGGGGAAAGCCUAUUCGGUUUGGCUAUAAGUUUUGGUGUGGUGCCACAUGUCUGGGCUACAUUUGCUGGUUUCAGCCAUAUCAGGGUAAAAACCCAAAUACUAAACAUGAGGAAUAUGGUGUUGGUGCGUCAGUUGUCCUUCAGUUUAGUGAGGCACUUACAGAGGCACACCCUGGACAAUACCAUUUUGUAUUCAAUAACUUUUUCACCAGUAUUGCACUUCUUGAUAAGCUCAGUUCAAUGGGACAUCAGGCAACAGGUACAGUGAGAAAGGAUCGCAUUGACAAAGCUCCAUUGGAAUCAGAUGUAGCCUUAAUGAAAAAAGAAAGAGGCACAUUCGAUUAUCGAAUUGAUGGCAAAGGUAAUAUUGUCUGUAGAUGGAAUGAUAACAGUGUUGUCACUGUUGCCUCAUCUGGUGCUGGUAUCCAUCCUCUGUGUCUUGUCAGUCGUUAUUCUCAGAAACUGAAAAAGAAGAUCCAAGUUCAGCAGCCAAACAUGAUCAAAGUGUAUAACCAGUUCAUGGGAGGCGUAGACAGAGCUGACGAAAAUAUUGAUAAGUAUCGGGCAUCAAUCCGUGGAAAGAAAUGGUAUUCAAGCCCUCUUUUGUUCUGUUUUGAAUUGGUCUUACAAAAUGCUUGGCAAUUGCAUAGAACAUAUGAUGAGAAGCCAGUGGAUUUUCUGGAGUUUCGUCGACGUGUGGUAUGCCAUUAUCUGGAGACCCAUGGUCAUCCUCCAGAACCUGGCCAGAAAGGAAGACCUCAGAAGCGUAACACUGACUCACGUUAUGAUGGCAUAAAUCAUGUGAUAGUCAAACAGGGAAAGCAAACACGAUGUGCUGAAUGUCAUAAGAACACCACUUUUCGAUGUGAAAAAUGUGAUGUUGCCUUACAUGUGAAGUGUUCUGUUGAAUAUCACACUGAAUAGCAGCUGUCACCACAUCCUGAGACAAGACAGAUAAUUUUAUGCAUUAUGUACAGUGUAGCAGUGGUUUUGCCUAGUGUUCCACUUUUGGAACAUUACACAAUGGAACAUAAUAAAUUUUUUUCCCUUCAAAUUUUUGUUCCUUGGUUUUUUUCUAGGUAACAUAAGAAUUUCAUGCAAAAAUUUAAAAAAUUGCAACCUCAGACAUAAAUGGGUUGAAGAUGU